CCCGACGUAAUAUAUAUUCGUGUGAUUCGCUGAUAGUUGAGUUUUGUCUUUGCCUGCUAAUUAUUAUCUCCCACCUCAUCCCCUAGGACAGCAUAAAUUCUCGUGAUUCAGCGCGACCGCGCACUUAGUAAUCCUAGAUGGCCGAGUAAACGUUUUUUUUUUUUUCGGCUAGAUCCGUAUCGACCGCGUGUGUGAAAUACGAGAAAUGGCAAGGGAAAGCUUAAUUCUCAUCUGUGCCUCUCUUAUCUUUACGCAGCUCGUAGUCGUGAACGCCGCGCCCGGUGACGAAGAUAUAGAUUGGACCACCGUUCACGAAGAGUUAAGGAAAUUGGCUGGAGGUAUACGGAAAAAGUGUACCGGUGAAACUGGCGUGACAGUCGAGACGCUAGACGCGGCAGAAUUAGGCGAUUUUGACAAAGCAAUCGGGUGCUACUUCAAGUGUGCGAUGGAAAAAGGGGGAGUGAUGAAGAAGGACGGCAAAAUAAACUACAAGCUCUUAUCCAAGAUGAUGCCGCAAGCAUACAAGCAUAUUGGGAUGGAAAUGCUCGACCAGUGUCGUACCACUGGCGGUAGCGACAACUGCGACAAGGCCUUGAAGUUCAAUCAAUGCAUGUACAAAGCAAAUCCUGUGGCAUACUUCGUUAUCUAAAUGUAGGUAUAUGUAUAAGUGAUAGUAAGAGAUCCCAAAAUAUUGCCUGUACAAUUUGAGAUAAAACUGAAAAUAAAACGCCCAACAGCCA